AUGAAUCGAGUGGAUGUGAAGUUGUACAAUCAAACGAAAGACGCAAGCGUGCACAGGCCGAAUGUGGAACACCUGGAAUCGGGCAUUCAUGUGACAGUGGAGGCAUAUCGCUGCGGUAUGAAUAUAGAGUAUGUUGAUUACAACAGUGCAGUGCGUCGUGAUUUUGAGUGGACCAAUUCACCGGAGAUUCAGCGAACGUUUCGUGAAAAUAUGAAGCGCGAUAGCUCGAUUCGAUCACAAUUCAUUGGUACGAGCAGUGGCCUGACCAGACUUUUUCCACUGCAAAAAUGGGCCAUCGAACCUGAGCCGAUCACCAUCGAUUUAUUCGAUCCACGCUUCAGGCCGUGGUACAUCAGCGCGAUUUCAGCGCCGAAAGAUGUUCUCUUUCUUAUCGAUAUGAGUGGAAGCGUUAAAGGGCAGACAGUACAUUUGAUUCGUAUGACCGUUUUGCACAUACUGGCCACUCUUGGUCCUGAUGACUAUAUCAACGCGAUAUGGUUCAACAGUCGUCGAGAGUCACUACUUCGUGGCUGCGCUGAAGGCUUCAUCCCAGCCACUACUCGCAACAAAAAGGUUAACCUUCUUCUAAAUUAUUCAACUAAGAUUUCUCGAAAAUGGCUCAGCUUACAAAAAGUUCACAAGUUGAUUGUGUAUUGA